GAUCUGCUUGAGUUGAGUGCGUCGCCGUCCUCGGCUCGUCAGCACUCGCGUAGUUGCCGCAUCUGCCCACACUGCCACUGCCCACACCCAAAACCCUAGCUGCGCACCCAAAAUCGAUCCAGGGACGGCAGCGGCACGGCGCGGCGAAAUCGGUUCAGAGCCAGCGUCGCGACGAUAUCGGUCCACGACCGCCACGGUUGGACCAGCUGCUCCGUGCCCGUGCGGCCGUGCGGACGGCCGGCAUUGGCGCGCAGCGCGCUGCUGCAGGCCGGUGGUGUGCCGGGCGGCUGGGCGACGCGAAACAGAUCCCCACCGCCUUGGAGGCUUGCUGCGUGCAGCAGGACCGGGAGUCAGGGACAGCAGAUUUCCACAAAGUAUGAGCUGUGAACUAGUGUUAGAGGAAAGCACGGAGGAAAUAGUGGCAUAAAAUUUUAUUUGUCGAAAGAUCAAUUGGUUUCUUAAAAUGGCUCAGCAAAUGGCUUCAGUUCCUUUGAAUGAUGCAGCAGUUGUUGAUGCCAAGCCCUUGCGUACAUUGACUCCCAUGUUCCCCGCACCAUUAGGGCUUCACACAUUCACUCAUCAAAACUCACCUUCAGUUGUUUGUGUGACCCCAUUUGGACCAUAUGCUGGAGGCACUGAAUUGGGGAAGCCUGCUGUUCCACCAAUGUUUGCAGCGCCCACACCUGCUGCAGAAGCAGAACCCAGCCAGAGACAACUGGAUACAGCUAAUAUGAAUGGAGCUGCUCAUGCUAAUGGUACUGCAGUCAACAGUUUGGUCACACCUUUGCAAACUCCUCCGUCAGCUGCCACACAGGAAUCUGGUAAGAGGAAGAGGGGCAGGCCAAAGCGUGUGCUUGAUACUACUGUUGCUUCAGUUCCUUCAGCUCCUCUGGCUACUACUAUUCCUCCAGUUCCUUCCCUUCCUGUGGUUACUCCAGUUCCUUCAGCUCCUCAGGAAGGUAACACUAUUGUUUCCCUGACGCCUUCUUCAGACGCCCCACAAGAAUCUGGCAAGAGGAAGAGGGGACGACCCAAACGUGUACAAGAUGUUCCUGUAAUGGCUCCUCCAACCUCCCAAGGAGAUAGCACGCCUGUUAUUCAGACACUUCCAGGGCCCAGUGUUCAUGAAUUUGGUACGAGGAAAAGGGGACGACCCAAACGUUUGCAGGAUAGUUCAGAUAUUGCCACUCCAAUUGACUCAAAAGAUUUACCUAUAUCCUCUCCCCAGCCACUUUCUGCUGCAGCACCUGCUGAAAGUGGUAAGAGGAAGAGGGGCCGUCCAAAGCGCGUGCUUGAUGGAUCAGCGACUCCAUCAAGUCAUUCAGGUUUUUCAAUAGACGGUGAUGCUGUUGACACAAUGAAACGUGGACGACCUAGGAAAAUUGACACCAAUCUGUUACAGCUUCCAUCUUUAUCUUCAGAUGAUCCUAGGCAAACUGCAGAUAAUGUACUCAUGAUGUUUGACGCCCUGCGACGCAGACUUAUGCAGAUGGAUGAUGUGAAACAAGUUGCAAAGCAGCAGCCUAACUUGAAGGCUGGGAGCAUCAUGAUCAAUGCUGAACUUCGUGUCAAUAAGAACAAGAGGAUAGGAGAGGUUCCAGGUGUUGAGGUUGGUGAUAUGUUCUACUUCAGAAUUGAGAUGUGCUUAGUGGGGCUGAAUAGUCAGAGCAUGGCAGGGAUAGAUUACAUGUCUGCCAAGUUUGGUAAUGAGGAGGACCCUGUAGCUAUUAGUGUUGUAUCAGCUGGUGUAUAUGAUAACACUGAAGAUGAUCCAGAUAUUUUAGUUUACACUGGACAGGGCAUGUCUGGUAAGGAUGACCAAAAACUUGAGAGGGGUAAUCUUGCACUGGAGAGGAGUUUGCAUAGAGGUAAUCCAAUCAGAGUCAUUCGUAGCGUAAAAGAUAUGACGUGUCCAACUGGCAAGAUUUACAUAUAUGAUGGCCUUUACAAGAUCAAAGAAGCCUGGGUAGAGAAAGGGAAAUCUGGUUUCAAUGUGUUUAAACACAAGUUGCUUAGGGAACCUGGCCAACCUGAUGGCAUUGCAGUAUGGAAGAAGACUGAAAAAUGGAGGGAAAAUCCAUCAUCUAGAGACCAUGUUAUAUUGCUUGACAUAUCAUAUGGUGUGGAAAGUAACCCUGUCUGCCUUGUAAAUGAGGUUGAUGAUGAGCAGGGCCCUAGCCACUUCACCUAUACAACUAAAUUGACAUAUGGGAAUUCUCUGAACUCGAUGAGAAAGAUGCAAGGUUGCAAAUGCAUUAGUGUGUGCCUACCUGGUGAUAACAGCUGCUCUUGUACGCAUCGAAAUGCUGGUGACCUUCCUUACAGUGCUUCAGGCAUACUUGUUAGCCGCAUGCCUGUUUUAUAUGAGUGUGGUGAUUCCUGCACAUGUUCAUACAAUUGCCGGAACCGAGUUGUACAGAAAGGUACACAGAUCCGUUUUGAAGUUUUUAAGACAGGAGAACGUGGUUGGGGCCUCCGUAGUUGGGAUCCAAUUCGAGCAGGCACAUUUAUCUGUGAAUAUGCAGGUGAAAUCAUUGACAGAAAUAGCGUGACUGGUGAAGAUGACUACAUAUUUGAGACUUCUCCUUCAGAGCAGAAUUUAAGAUGGAACUAUGCACCAGAAUUGCUGGGUGAACCUAGUCUUUCUGACUCAAAUGAGACACCUAAGCGACUGCCUAUAGUCAUCAGUGCAAAACGAACCGGCAACAUAGCUCGCUUUAUAAACCACAGUUGCUCACCUAAUGUGUUUUGGCAACCAGUUUUGUAUGAUCAUGGUGAUGAGGGAUAUCCACAUAUUGCAUUCUUUGCAAUUAAGCAUAUUCCUCCAAUGACAGAGCUUACCUAUGAUUAUGGUCAGAACCAUCAUCCUAAUAUUCAAAUGGGAACACAUUCUAGUUUUGGGAAGUCUAAAAGUUGCUUAUGUUGGUCCCCCAAGUGUAGAGGUUCCUUUGGCUAAUAACCAGCCCUAUAAGGAAGUUAUUGGAUCAUAAUAUUCCAUUUAAAAGUUACACCUAUAGAUCUCUGCUGAUCUACUUUUAAAUUCAGCUCCCAAAAUUCUGUCACAAGUUUAUGAGAGUAACUGAAUUGUCUUUACCAGCAGAAGCAGCUCUUCAUGGUGGCUUGUAUGAAGCAGCAGGGGGUCGUCUCCUAGGUGUUUCCAUGCAUCAUCGAAUAAGUCCACCUCUCUUCAUGUUAGAAUGUGAAAUGGGAUGUGUUUUGCACAAAUCAUUUGUCAUCUACUCGUCGCAUUAAGUUUUCUUGAACUAGUUUUUUAGUCAUCCUCAGAAUGCAUGUUGUCCACUUUGUAGUAAUAUAUGCUGAGUUGUUACCCCUCCUACUGUGAUGAACCAUCAAAAUUUCAGUGCUUGUAUAGACGCCUUGUGUAGUUGCACUGCAUGCAAAUGUUAGUACACUGAUAUUCCAUAAUUUUACACCCUCCACCCCAA